AUGGCUCUCUGUGAUGUCUCUGCUCUCCUCCUGAUGCUGACUACAGCCCUGGGCACCUCCUGGCACCUCCAGGCAGGCGUUUGCUACGCUGAGUUUGGCGUGCGGGUCCCCAAGACCACGGGCUCUGCCUACACCUACAGCUACGUGACGGUGGGGGAGUUCGUGGCAUUCUUCAUCGGCUGGAACCUCAUCCUGGAGUACCUGAUCGGCACGGCCGCGGGCGCCAGCGCCCUCAGCAGCAUGUUCGACUCGCUGGCCAACCACACCAUCAGCCGCUGGAUGAUCAACAGCGUUGGGACGUUGAACGGACUAGGGAAAGGAGAGGAGUCAUACCCUGACCUUCUUGCUCUGGUCAUUGCUGUCAUUGUCACCAUCAUCGUGGCCAUGGGGGUGAAGAAUUCAGUGGGGCUGAACAACGUGCUCAAUGUCAUUAACCUGGCAGUCUGGAUCUUCAUCAUGAUUGCUGGUCUCUUCUAUGUCAAAGGUGACAACUGGUCUGAAGGGCAAUUCCUGCCGUUUGGAUGGCCGGGGGUGCUCAAAGGGGCUGCGACGUGUUUCUAUGCCUUCAUCGGCUUCGACAUCAUUGCUACCACGGGAGAAGAAGCGAAGAGUCCCAACACCUCCAUCCCCUACGCCAUCACAGCCUCGCUCGUCAUGUGCUUGACAGCAUAUGUGUCUGUGAGCAUCAUCCUCACGCUCAUGGUGCCCUACGAUGCUAUCGACACCGAGUCCCCGCUGAUGGAAAUGUUUGUCACCAAUGGCUUCUACGCGGCGAAGUUCAUUGUUGCCAUUGGGUCCGUGGCCGGCCUGACUGUCAGCUUGCUGGGUUCCCUUUUCCCAAUGCCAAGAGUCAUUUACGCCAUGGCUGGUGACGGGCUGCUCUUCAGAUUUUUGUCCCACGUCAGUUCUUACACGGAAACUCCCAUAGUGGCUUGUAUCGUCUCUGGAUUCCUUGCAGCACUGCUCUCCUUGCUGGUUAGCCUGAGGGACCUAAUAGAAAUGAUGUCCAUUGGCACGCUGCUCGCCUACACGUUGGUCUCCGUCUGUGUCCUGCUCCUCCGGUACCAGCCCGAGAGUGACAUUGACGGCUUUGUCAAAUUCCUCUCCGAGGAGCACACCAAGAAGAAGGAGGGCAUCCUGGCUGACUGCGAGAAGGAAGCUUGCUCCCCAGGUAGCGAAGGAGAAGAGUUCACUGGCCCACCGACCAACACAUGUGGGGCAAAAAAUCUGCCAUCCCUGGGGGAUAACGAGAUGCUAAUUGGGAAAUCUGAUAAAUCCACCUACAACGUGAAUCACCCCAAUUAUGGCACAGUCGACAUGACCUCGGGGAUAGAGGCAGAUGAGUCUGAGAACAUCUACCUCAUCAAGCUGAAGAAGUUGAUUGGCCCUCGCUACUACACGAUGAGGAUCCACCUCGGACUGCCGGGGAAAAUGGACCGUCCCACGGUAGCCACCGGCCACACGGUCACCACCUGCGUGCUCCUGCUCUUCGUCCUGAUGUUCAUCUUCUGCUCCUUCAUCAUUUUUGGAGCAGACUACAUCUACGAGCAGAGCUGGUGGGCUGUCCUCCUCGUUGUGCUGAUGAUCCUGCUCAUUGUCGUGCUGGUGUUUGUGAUCUUGCAGCAGCCAGAAAACCCCAAGAAGCUGCCCUACAUGGCACCUUGUCUGCCCUUUGUCCCUGCCUUUGCUAUGCUGGUGAAUAUCUAUCUCAUGCUGAAGCUCUCCACAGUCACGUGGAUCCGAUUUGCCGUCUGGUGUUUUGUGGGUCUGCUCAUCUACUUUGGCUAUGGGAUGUGGAACAGCACACUGGAGAUCAGUGCCCGGGAGGAGGCCCUCCACCAGAGCACCUACCAGCGCUACGACGUGGACGUCGACCCCUUCUCUGUGGAUGACAGCUUCUCCUAUGCCGCUGAGGGUGAGGGUUACCCGGGCUGGGGUCCCUCCGAGGACAAGGGCUUCUCAUACCAGCAAAUGGCAGGAGCAAAGGAAAGCCAUCGGACGAGUAGCAGGUCGAAAAGCAAAGGCAGGCACAAACCACCAUCGGAGGCUCUCAUCGCCAACGACGAGUUGGACUACUCGCCUGAGUAG